UCGAAGAACCCUAAUUUCGCGAGCCUCAAUGGGAGACGAGAAAGAGGCGAAGCGAGAAAACGAGAUCGAUGCGCGAACAGUCUUCGUCAGAGGAUUGCCGCUUACGCUCUCCGAUGCGCAGCUGGAAGAGGCAUUCAGUGAUAUUGGUCCCGUUCGUCGCGCUUUCACAGUGAAAGAUAAAGCAACGGACAAGCACCGGGGAUUUGGAUUCGUGCAAUUUGCGAUUGCUGAGGAUGCCCAGCGUGCUGUGGCUUCGAAGAAUGAUAGUUCCAUGGAGGGUCGUAGAAUCAAAGUCGAGGUUGCAAGGAAGCGUCCAUCGCUUAACGAACGCAGGAAGAAAAGGCAGGGUGGAACCACGGAAGCGGCUGGCCAGGAGAACGCGGCCGAGGCUGCAAAUAACACAGUGCAAAAUGGUGGUGAGAAAGAACCCGAAACUCCUGCUGUCAUCAACGAAGAAGAAAAGCCAAAGCAGGCCACCGCAAAAAGUCAUGCGAAAGCCAAAAAGAAAAGGACUUCUCAAUUCCAAGAGACUGCUGACUCUUCUCAGAAUGCAGCGUCCGAAAAACAAAGACCUGCAAGGACAGUAGUGAUCGGUAACUUGGGAGACUCGGAAACAGCGGAAGCAGUCUUAACUCUUGCCAAGAAGCUGGGAACUGUCGAAAGUGUCGAGAAAAAUCUCUCGGAAGCGUAUAUCAACCAGCAUGGACUUUCACGGGAUGGCUGCAAGCUUCCUGCUGCAGCUAUAGUUUUUACAUCAGUGACGGCGGCUCGGCAGGCCGUUGCAACUUACCAUCUCCAAAAACUCGGCAAUGAAGUGUUUUGGGCCAGGCAAUUGGGAGGAGAGGGCUCAAAACUCAAAAAGUGGAGGCUCAUUGUUCGCAACUUGCCUUUCAAGGUGACGGAUGCAAUGUUGAAAGAAAAAUUUUCAGCUGCUGGCUUUGUCUGGGAGACCACAGUACCCCGGAAUCCGGAUGGUCGAUCGAAAGGCUUUGCGUUCAUAGGCUACACUUGCAAAAAUGACGCCGAAAAGGCCAUCAAGGCUUUGAACGGCACGAAGAUUGCAAACAGAACUAUAGCUGUUGACUGGGCUGUGGCGAAAAUGACUUAUGAGAACAUUGUCCACAAGUCAGAAGAAGAGAAAGCCGAGAACAGCGACCUUGAUAAUGAAACAGCGAGUGAAUCGGAUGGAAUUGUGAGUGACGAAGAAGAAGACGAGGAGGAUGAAGAAGACGACGAGGAAGAUGACGAAGAGGAGGAGAAACCUUUAGACGAGAAGAACUUGGUGAGUAAAGUGUUAAGCAAAGUUGUGACAGAGCCAGGCAAAGCAAAGGACGGUGACGAGGACCGAAAGAGUCCCAUGGCGGCCUCCCGAGAGGUGAAAAAGCCUCUAGCUGCGAAGCCACCGGAAGAAAACUCCAUGGAGAGAACACUCUUCGUUCGCAACCUUCCACCGGAUGCGAAAGUACACGACUUGAAAAAAAAGUUUUCGGAAUUUGGAGACGUGACCUCGUUACGUCUCGUGCUUCAUCCCGCAACAAAAAAACCAAAAGGAACAGCAUUUGUAGAGUUUGCUACUCGAGAAGCCGCCGAAGCGCUAGCCAGAGCCACAAAGAACGCCGAAGAAGGGAACUCUAGUUUCUCGGUUGCUGGAAAGUAUCCUAUCGCUCAUUUUGCUGUCGAUCGGGGCGCUGCCCGGGAAAUCUCCACGAAGAAAUCCAUCGAGGAAAGAGAUCAUGAUAAACGAAACCUCCACUUGCUCAAGGAAGGAUAUAUAGAACCAGGAACAGAAGCCGCGCAUGGUGUUUCAAAAUCCGACUUACUCAAGCGUUCAGCGCUUCAAACAGAGAAGGCAACAAAACUGAGGAGUCCGAAUUUUCAUGUCUCGAAAACCAGGCUCGCGAUACAUAACUUUCCAAGAACUUUGAGCGAGAAGGACGUGAAGCAGCUGUUUAUAAAUGCAGUUGUUUCGCGGGCGACAAAGCAGCGUCCUGUGAUCAAACAGGUGAAACUUUUAACUGACGAUAAGGAAAACUCCCGAGGAACAGGCUUUGUAGAGUUUGCUGAGCACCAACACGCGAUCGUCGGGUUGCGAGUUUUGAAUAACAAUCCAGAAACUUUCGGUUCGGAGAAACGACCAAUCGUAGAGUUUGCGAUUGAGAAUGUAGCGAGGAUGAAGAAAAGGGAGAGUCGGCUAGCUGCACAGAAGUUACGACCAAACUCAAAGGGACCAACAAGCAAAAGAGUCGACGAUACUGGUAAUGGAAGCCCCGGAGGAAAACGUAAAAGGCAACCGAACGAUGAUGGAGUGGAAGCUGAUGGACGGAAGUCGAAAAGAAAGAAGAGAAAGGGGAAGAACGAUAAAGCUCAAAAUGGUGACAGUAAUCAAGGACAAGGCAACCAAGAAAAACCACUGGGAAAAAAGAGGGACAAGGCUCAAAAUGGGGGAGGCGAACAAGAGAAGCCACAGGGAGGGGCGGGCAAGCAAGGAAAAGCGCAGGGCAAAAAGAGGAAGAUGGACAACGCUCAAACUCCAGCGAAACCACAUGGCAAGAAGGGAUUUAAACAAGGUGAAGGAAUGCACAGGGAGACUCUGGCUGCACCGGAUGAGAAGAAGAGACGAAGGGGAAAAAACGAAGGGAAUGAAGAGGAAGACAAACUCGACAGGCUGGUGAGUGAGUAUCGGAAAAAAUACUUUAGCAAUGUCGGCACAGGUGAAGGCGCUAAAAAUCUCAGCAGGUGGUAUGAAGAGUAAGCUCUAGAUGGCUGGGAAGACUAAAUACUCUGCGUAGAAUAGAUUCCAGAUGAAUCUAUAGAAUGUAGAGAUGGCUUCCUGCGAUCAAAGGUUUAAAAAGCCAGUGAAAGUUUUGUCUGGAAGUAACUGACUUACCUUCGAGUA